AUGACGAUCGACAAUACCUGGUCGCCUUCCCCAACAUUCAGCAUCCCAACCGCACGCCUCCAUAUAUCAUACUUCCAGCCUGAGAACCCGGAACACAGUGACUUUCUUAUCCGUCUCUGGAAUACCGAUGAUUUUAUCCAGUCCUGUGGCAAGACUGGCAUCACUACACCUGAAAAGGCCUCUGCGUUUCUGCGCAACCGCGUCUUAGCAGACUACAACCGGAACAAAUACGGCAUGUUCCUCGUCUCCUUGAAACCACACGAAGGAGCCUCGCUUGCAGAGAGCAGAUUGAUUGGGACCGUCUCUUUGAUGAAAGGCGAGCCGCCCAAUGCAUACCUAGCUCCGGAUAUUGGCUACGCGACUUUGCCCGAGGAGAGCGGCAAGGGGUAUGCAACAGAGGCUGCGAUUGGAUUGUUGGACUAUGCCCGUCGCGAACUGGACGUUGACGGGGUGUUUGGGUUCUGCAGCAAGGAUGACUCUCGCAGUCGACGGGUGUUGGAGAAGAUCGGCCUGGAGUUCCGAGGGGAGAAGAAGUUGAAGGUCUUUGGGGGGAAUGAAAGUGCUGUGUAUGCGCUUCCUAGUAUGAGCCAGGAUCUGAAGGAAUAUGGUAUCGAUGAUUAA